AUGGCACUUGAUAAGCCAAAUAAAGAUCCAGCUACACCCUUUCGGGCUAUGCCCGAUCAAAGUACAGAUUAUCGAAUAGUAGUUUUUGGUAGUGCUGGCGUUGGUAAAACAAAUUGUGUUCUUCGUUUUGUAAAUGGACAAUUUCGUGAAAAUUAUAUUCCAACAGUUGAAGAUACAUAUCGACAGGUUGUAUCUUGUAACAAACAAAUAACUACUUUACAAAUAUUUGAUACUACUGGUACACAUCAAUUUCCAGCGAUGCAACGAUUAAGUAUACAAAAAGGUCAUGCUUUUAUGUUACUUUAUUCUAUAACGAGUAAACAAACACUUGAAGAAUUAAAACCUAUAUAUAAUCAAAUACGUGAAAUAAAAGCUGAUCAACAAUAUGAUACACCUAUAUUAUUAAUGGGUUGUAAAUUAGAUGAAGCUGCAUGUCGUGAAGUAACAGAAAAUCUUGGUAAACAAUUAGCAUCACAUUGGUCAUGUGCAUGGAUUGAAACAUCAGCUAAAACAAACACAAAUAUACGUGAAGCAUUUCAAGAACUUCUUAAACUAGAUAAAAAAAGACAAUUUAAUUUUAAUGUUGAUCAAGAUGGACAUUUAAUUGAAGAAAAUGGUGGUACACCAACACCAUCAUCACCUUCAUUUCAUGGUGGAAAACGUAUAGCAACAACGAAUUCAAGUUCAUCAACAACAACAAAUAGUGGUAGUAAUCCAAAUAUAACGGAAACAACAACAACAGGUGUUGUUACCACUCGACCAACAACACCUGUUCUACACGGAAAUAAAUCAACUCGAACAUCAACGUCAUCAACAACAAAUAUUAAAAAAAGUGCACGAACUUUAAUUGAGCAAAAUGAUUUAACAGGAAAUUCAAAAAAGAGUCCAAAUUCUGAUACAGCAUCAAAUCGAGCUUCAGCUCGAAAGUGUCUGAUUAUGUAA